UUCCCGUCGCCAUUAUUGCGACGAGAUCGCGAGAAGUGUUUUCGUGUUAAAAUUCGUCGUUUUCGACGACAGGGAGUUUCCUGCUCCCGAAAGUUGCUCGUAUAACUUUCCCUCGACCUUUUCGGCGUUUGAAAAUUGGGAGAAAUACUGUGUUCUAUAAGUAUUUUUCUUGUUUAGUGAUUUUAUAAAACAUGGCUUUUUAAAAUGUCUACUUCGAAACUGCGUGUUGCCACUCCAUGUGGAGGAGCUCAACUCUCCCAAAAAUCUGCAAUUUUUAAGACUGGAAGACGGUAUGGAGAAAAAAGGGAGUCGUUUAGUACAGCCUGCCUCCAAAGGGCUUGCUUCUGACUCCAAAAAAAGUCAAGAUGUUGCUAGUGGUAAGUUGUGGCCACGUUCGGGACGCCGCAGAGAGUCCGCUGGCGGCAGUUUAUCUGCCAAAAGCGAAUCAUCUCGCAAACCGCCCCCACAACGUUCGAAAACCUAUGAUAUCAAAAGACCUAGGCCGCGGGGAGCCUUCAACCCUGGUCCUGCUGUGGGUCGAACGGAGACAACCCGGCUAGAUGAGGAAUUUGAAGCUGAAUUGGGUUCAGUUUUUCUACCAGGCAGUAAAAAACAAAGCCUUAAUCAUUUACUAAAUUUCGUUUAUGCGACUCCUUCACGAGAAGGACGAUAUCAAUGUGCUGAAAGAGGCAAUAAAACAUCAAAUCGUUACAUCACCAAGAAGCAUAAAUACAACAAGGAACACUUCCUGCAAGCAAAUUGCCAAUUUGUUGUCAAUACUUCGGGUGACUAUAAGCAAUAUAUGAACAACCCUGAUGCCUUAGUUGAUUGGAGUCUUAUAGAACAAGUGAAUGUACAAGUAUCUGAUUACCCGUCAUGCCCAAUCUGUCUUUAUCCUCCAGUUGCUGCCAAAAUGACAAGAUGUGGUCAUAUUUACUGCUGGUCUUGUAUUCUGCAUUACUUAUCACUUUCUGAUAAAACAUGGCGCAAAUGUCCGAUUUGUUUUGAAUCUAUCCAUAAACAAGAUUUAAAGAGUGUUGUUAGUAAACAUUACAAAACGUUUAAUGUUGAUAAUGUGAUUACAUUUAAAUUGAUGAAACGACUGAAAGGAUCUUUGGUUACUUAUCCUGCAUCGGCAGCUGUCAAAGAUGAAGAAAUUAUUAAAUUUUCUGAUUCAGAAAUUGAUGUUUAUUCUAAAUUACUGAUAGCGAAUCAAGCCGAAAUUUUGUCAAUUAUUGAUAGAGAAAAUGAUGAAUUAAAUGUGCAACUAGUGGAAAAUGGUGAUUGUCCUGAGAAUUGUUUUAUAGAGGAAGCUUUAACAUGUUUGAAUCAGCGAAGAGACACAAUUUUGAAAAAUUGUAAAACUUCAAAUGAGAAUGAAAAAGUUACCCUUGAGGAAAAUUUAGAUAAUUUGCAAAUAAACGACAACAACGAUGAAACUUUUGAUAAUAAUAACAUCAAGGCCGAAAAUUUGGACAUAUCGACCAACCAGCAAUCAAAAUUCCAUUACUUCUAUCAAGCAUCUGACGGUCAACAUAUCUAUCUUCAUGCCAUCAAUGCACGAAUGCUUGAACAUACAUACGGGUCUUUGGAAAAUAGUCCUGAAACAUUAAGUGGAAAAAUCCUUGAAAAAGAAGGAGGAUCUAUGACUGAAGAGUUGAGAAAACGAUUGAGAUAUCUCCAACAUUUGCCCGUGACUUGUCAGUUCGAAGUUGCAGAAAUACAGUUGAAACAACCAAUUGUCAGUAAAGAAACUUUGGAACAUUUUAAUGAACAAAUUGAAGUACGUCGUAAGAGGCGUCAGCGUCGCGCACGUGAAGAAAAACGCCGUGAGAAAAAAAUCGCCGAUGAGGAAAAUCGUCUCAUGGGUAAAUACCCCAUACCUAAUUUACACAUUGAGUCAGAGGCGCAAUUUCCUUGUUUUGAUGGGAGAAUAAGAACAGAAUCGGAAUGUACCCAACCAAGUGAAGGAAGUUCGUGUGAGAUAACAAUAACACCACCAAAUAGUCUCACUGUUGAGAACGAACACGCUGGACCUUCUUUUGCUAAAAUGUUGGCGAGUACGAAAAAAGCUGAAACUAACAAAUGGCCAUCAUUGAAAGCAACAACUGCCCCAACUAAAUUAAUUAACGUCACUGGACAAAAAAUUAACUCGAGUUGUUUUAAUGUGAUUCGUAAUCGUAGUGACAGUGAACCAGAAACGGAGGAUUUUGAGCCGAUUCCACCAAGCACGAGUCUAGGAGAUGCCAUUGUUCAAGCCUUACAAAAAGCUGAGGAAAAUGAUGUUUUUACCGAGUCUGGGUCGCAACCUGUUGGAAAAAAGAAGAAGAUUAAAAACAGACAAAAAGUCCUCUUCACUACCACUCUGGCUUAUACCGGGAAAUAAUAUACGUAUUAAUAGAUGUACAUUUUUCAACAUUGCUGCAUAAAUUCAUUCUUGCUUUAAUUAUUCAUUUAUUAAUUUGGUCAUUAUUAUGAUGGGUGUUAAAUAUUGUGGCCCUUGAAUCGUGGACAAUAAGAUUUUUUACAAGACCGGUCUUGGGACCUUUAACAAAGUCCAGGGUUUAGCAGGGGUUUGUUGUUUUACACGUUGUUUUAUUUCAGAAAUAAUAAAUAGAAACGAUCA